UCAGGAGUAAUUCCCUCAGUAUGCGGAAUACUACAGAUAAUAAUGAGCUAAAUAGACGAUCUUCACAAUCGGAAGUGGUCAUAGAUGGAGAUGUAGUCAUUAAAAAUGGAGAACAGAGAUCAAGAUCAAAUAGUACCUAUUCAGCUGAUUUAGAAACGGCAAUUACAAAAACUGGAUGCGGAAAGUUCAGCAUUGCUCUGAUGCUGCUCACAUUUCCUGCUGCAUGCACCCUUGGGUUCGAUACAGCUUCCAUGUCAUUUAUUAUACCAGCAGCAUCAGUGGAUCUGGGCCUCAAACCUUCAGAAAGGGCUCUUCUUCAAUCAUCGUGCUAUGCAGGUAUCAUAUCAGGUGGAAUUUUGUGGGGCUUCAUGUCUGAUGCUUUUGGCAGGAAGAAGUUUAUGGUCAUCGGUUUUCUCAUCAAUGCACUUAUGAACAUUCUGAUAGGAGCAUUCCGUAUCGUUCCGCUAAUGAUAGUCUUCAAGUACCUAGCUGGUUUCACAAUAUCUGGUUCAUAUCCAAUCUUUUCUACAUACAUCGCAGAAAUAUUUCCAAUAAAGAGAAGAGAUAUAAUUAUUAUGUCAUUAGGGUUCCACGCAUCAAUCGGCCAAAUAAUACAAUCAAGCCUAGCGAUGUGGAUAAUGCCGAUUGAUGUGCCUAGUGAAAUACCCUUCAAAUCUUGGCAGCUCUUUCAGAUGGCUUGCUGUCUACCUGCGCUUAUCAGUGGUAUUAGCUGUAUCUUUUUCGUUGAAUCCCCAAAAUUUUUGGCUGACAAAGGGAAUCACGAAGGCGCUCUCAAAGUAUGCCAGACUAUAUAUUCCAUUAACACCGGUAACCUAUCUACUAGUUAUCCGGUAAAGAGACUGAAUCAUGAGAGCAGAAAAAUUGAGAAUAAAUCUAAUCUAUCAAAGUUUUUAGAAGGAAUAGAUGUCUUAAGACCUCCUUUUGUCCAGAAGGCAGUGGUAGUAUUCUUACUUUACCUGGGGUUCAUUGUUUCUUACAAUAUUUUGCGACUAUGGCUACCAGACAUGCUAACAUUGAUCAGCUCAUCCAAGUUGAAUCCAAACCAAGGACUAUGCCCUCUUCUGCAAGAAGGUGAAUUAAGAAGAAGAAUGUUAACAUCAUCAGAAGAUUUGAAUGACGAGAAAGUAUAUUCCCAAAUGAUCUGGGUUAAUGUUGUUGGUCUGAUUGGGCAGAUACUUUUCUUAUUACUUAUAAGGUAUAUUGGAAAGAAAAUAAUGCAAUUUAGCUGUACCUUGAUGGCCGCAAUAUGUUCGCUGAUUAUGCUAUAUAUUAGUGCUGAUUAUGUAAUGAUUGUAGCCUCAAUUUAUAUGGCUUUAUAUGAAAUUUGCGUAUAUAGCACCUUAAACAUUGCAUUAGAAAUAUUUCCAACAAGAAUCAGAGCAAGUAGUAUUGGUAUUAUGAUGUUAAUUGGGAAAUCAGGGACUUUCACUAUGAACUUUUUAAUGGCAACCCUUGGCUAUACUUAUUGUAUAUAUUUAUUUUAUGGAAUAGCAUUGUUUUCAAUAAUAAUGGCAGGGCUAACAUUGCUAAUUCCAAAGAAACCGCUAGAAGAUAAACUUUGCAACCCUUCGAAAGGAAAUUGAAAAUAUGACGCUUGGGACAUCCAGACUCCCACUGUUCAAAAACACCAAAAUUCUAAACUGUUUCAGUUUUGGAAAACUUCAGCAAUAUUUUUACCAAAUUUAAUUUGAAAAAGUAAAGAUGAAAAAAAUAGUUGAUGUAAGAGACAGUAAAAGUCUUUUCUUAAGUAAUAAAUUAACUUUAAAAUGGUUAAUUUAAUAGGUGAUGUUAUUAGCAAUUAUAACUUCCAUGUUACUUACAUAUUUUUCUAUUUGCCAUAUUUCUUUACAUUGAUAAAUGUUUUCCCAUCAUCAGAAACAUUUUCAUUAUUCUUGGAUCCUUCUUUACGAUUCAAGUUAACAGGUUAUCUAUGAAUUUGAGUUCUAUGAAGUUUUACAUAUUGUUCGAUCAUUCUUAAUUUAUUGUCCUUGAUGUUAAACCAUUGAUUCUGCCACUACAGCCAUCCCUUUUUACUGAUCCAAGAUAUUAAAUAGUUGCAACCAGUUACUGAAAAGACUUGCCCAUUUUUUAUUGCUAGUCUUGCCUGUGUAUCUGUCAUUUCAUUUCCAGCAAUUCCACUGUGACCAUUUAGCCCAAAAAACAAUACCAUACAACCUGUGUCUUUCAAUGUUUUCAAAUAUAGUUUUAUUUCUGCAAUUAGAGGCUGUGUAAUAAAGGGGUCUAGUAGAGAUUGCAGGGCAGAUUUGGUGUCAGAAAAAAUAACUGAACAAGGGUAAUUUGGAAUUAUAUUCCUAACAGUGUGGUUGAUUUCUAAAAGUUCUGCAGUGUACACUGAGGAGAGUGUUUGCAAUGAAAAUAAGUAUAUGUGAUUGCCAGAUAUAACAGCUAACAGUUAACAGAUUAAUUAAUAAUACAUUGUUAAAUUUUAUAGUUGAAUAAAUUCAGAGUGCAAUGGUAUUAGCUUACCAUAGUAUAAAAAAUUACAUUGCAAUUUCAACUUUAAGAGUUCAUAAAUAAUAGACACUGAACUGAAAAUAAUAACAAAAAAUUACUAGAAGCCACAUAUAUAUUUUUUAUUUUUUUGUUCAUUCGAUCUAUACAUCUGCUUUUUGGCCUUCCAUGUGUUUUUUUUGCCUUCUAUUUGGGCAUCCAUUGUUUUAUAGAGUCUUCCAGAUGGAUUACCAUGAGCUAUAUAUGCCCCGCCUACCUUAACCUCUUGGCCUUCAUUUCGUGAGAUGUUGGUUGAUUAGUUUCUAUAGGCAGCUCUUUAUUGGUCUUUUCCUUUACGUAUUUCUCAGAAUCUCAGAUCGCAGAUCAUGAGGAGGAUUUUUCUCUCAAAUCUUUCAACAAUUUUCUCUUGGGCGCUGGUUAGUGUGGUUUAUUUUCAACUGUUAGUCAUUCAUUGAGGUUACUUUCAAGCGGCUGUAUUUGAAUUGCAUCUAUACGUAUUACCAAAAAUAAUAGUAUAACAGUAAUUAUAAAACAGGCAGCAAAAAUCUUGACACACAUGACGCGGACAGAAUAACCAGAAUUAAAAUAGAAUAAACCAAUUAAACUUCAUUUUAACUAUGAAGGUAUUAAUCCUCCACCCUCUCCCUUCACUCAGGAAAAAACUUGCAUCGUGGAAAAGCUAAAGUUGGAAAAAAAUACUACAAAAAGAAACAAACAAAUUUAUGAUGAGGAUCAAGAUGUCAAAAUACAAACAGAAAAAGAGUAGAUAUAUAAUUAAUGCAUUCUGUGCCCGAAAGAAAAAUAUAGAGAGGAAUUUGGUGAAAGAGAACUUUCCACUUUCAACAGCUAAGUUUUUGGAAAGCUGGGAGUGGAAAAGAGCCAUCUGCAGAUAAUGGCAGAAUUUAUUAUUUUAAGACUCAUUAGGAAUUUCGCAUCAUCAUCUGUAUUAAUUCCACUCACUUUGUUAUGAGCUCUACGGCUAGCUGGGAGAAGGAAAAAAAUGUGGAGAAAAUUAUAUUAAUUAAUAAAUAAAUUAUAACAUUUGGUACAUUGGAUGAUAGGGCCGCGAAACUUUAUCCUUUUUGUUCUCUCUCAUUACACAUUAUUUAUUCGGCCUGAUCGGUAUACUGGGCCAUUUAGCAGCUGUACAGUGUUGUACUUCCCUCUCUGAUGACAGAAAAACAUUUCUAGAAGGACUAAACAAAUUUUGAAAAAAUGUGAUAAAUGAAAAAUAAACAAGCCACAAGGAAGUUAUCAUUUUUAACUUCAUCUGAGUAACGAAAACUUUCCAACAAAAAAAUAAAACAAGAUGAAAUUAAGGUUAAUAGUCCGUGAUACACAUCCCUUUUUAUCGAAUUAUUAACAUCCGCCUGAAACUUCUUAAAUAGUUUCAUCUCAUUGUAACCUACAACUAUUUUAUUUAUGGAAACUCUUGGAAUUGGGGCGUUUUCAAUCUGAAGAGGGGCAAACUUUGUCUAUUUAAUUAGGUACUAAAAACACCUAAAUACACAUUUGCUUUCUAUUUGGAUCACAAGAUAAUUUGAUCACAAAAUAGAUAAAAAAGGAUGCCUACAAAAAUAUUGGGCCAUUUGUUCUAUAUAACCUCGUUAUUUUGACAAUUUGGGGAUGUAGGUCACACCAAAUGGUACACUAUAUUUUUGAAGGCCACCUUUUUUUCUCAAAUUUGUGGUCAAAUUAUCUUACGAUCCAAGUAGAAAACAAAUGUGUAUUUACGAGUUUUUAGUACCUAAUUAAAUAUACAAAGUUUGCCCCUCUCCAGACUGAAAACACCCCAAUUCCAAGAGUUUUCAUAAAUAAAAUA